AAGAGGCUGUGCUGCAAUUGAGUACUGGAAAGCCAGUCCGUCUCAUAUCCGUCCGUUCUUAGCAGUACAGCACCAUUAUCAGGUUGCCUGGGUUACAUGGCAGCACUACUUUGAGUUAACAUUGCUUCUGUAGGGUCACUGUCUUAAUAUUCCUUGCUGACAAGAUAUGUCUGAAAGAGUUCGCGUUGUACCGAUACCGUCUAACUUCAAAACACAAGCGUUUAGUGACCUUUGCAGAUAGCCUGUUUCCUGAGCUUAUUGUAUUACGUUUACUGCCAAAUUCUGGCUACAUUUCUGUCCUCAGACAAGCUUCACGCGUUUCUCCCCGCCUUGCCAUUAACGGGGGCGGGGGCCCUGCCCCCAUCUCUUUAGUCCAAGCACACUAGAGUUGCUCAAGCGCCGGGGCUUAACCGGCGGGGCAGCGUGGGCAUGGGUUGCGCCGCAUCACAACCUGAGGCGGACGCUGUCGUCAAGCCUCCGGCCCCAAAUGGACACAACAAUGCUGGAGCUAAGGCUGUAACAAAGGAGGGCGUUGAGCAGCUUUCGGCGCAAAACGGCAACGGGACGACUACACAGUCCCCGCUAUAUGCGGCCCAGCCUCCUGCGAAGCCCAGCAGUCAAGGGCAGCAACCAGUUGUUGGUUCAUCAAAUCCAGCUCCUGCUUCUCAGCCUGCCGGUUCACAAGCAGCAGUGAACCAAAGCUUAAAGUCGCUUAGUGCAAAUGAGGCAAACGCGGUGCAGGCCACUUUGCUAAAGGUCAGCACGCUUAUCCAAAAGUUUGCUGAAGGACGGAGCGAGCGGACAACGCCAGUACAGGCCGUGCGCCGGGCCCUGAACCUCGUCACGGCUGACUGUCGUGCCAAGUACGCUAGCGUGAGCGUCCUGUCAGAGACCCAGGAGCACGCACUGCUGGUCACCGCGGUGGGCGUGCCCGACACGGUCCAUGAGGGCAACCGGCUCCUCAAAGUGCCCGGCUCCAACUCGGCAGUGGAGCGCAUCUUGCAGAAGGCGACGGACUUUUACUACUGGCAGCCGUCCGCCACCGACGGCCCAGCCCCUUCGGACUGGGCUGCCCUUGCUAGCGCCGCAGGCCUGACCUACGUGGCCGCAGUGCCCAUCAAGGUGUCGGACAAGGUGAUUGGCAUGCUGACGGUGGGCUUCGGGGACACCGGAGCGGACGAGGCGGACUACAUCAUGUUUCCCACCUACCUCCAGCUGGUCGCCGCCAGCCUGAGCAGCAUGGUGAAGGACAACAGCAUCCCCAAGUACAUGACGCUGGUGCGCGACCUGCACGAGACGCAGGACCUGGACAGCCUGAUGCACAAGGUGGUGCAGCACCUGCGCACCGUGCUGGGGCACUCCAACAACCACCACAUCUGGUACCGGAUAGGCCUCACGGCGCCCAACAACACGGCGUCUACCAUAUUCGACGACCUAACGCAGAUCCCCCCCACGCUGAUGCAGCGCACGCUGUCCAACCCCGCCGGCUCCUCCUCCUUCAAGCUGCUGAAGGAGGUGCAGGCGGCGGGCGGCGUCAUGCGCACCGUGGUGGCCAUGAAGAACACCGUCAUGAAGAUAGCGGUGCACAACAGGCAGCAGGUGAUGAUCCCCGACGUGCAGAAGGUGAUCAACCAGUCGGGCAACGUGUCGGCGGACAUCUUCAACACGCGCCUCAUCAAGCCGCCCACCAGCGUGCUGGUGUUCCCGCUCAAGGUGAAGCAGCACAUCUUUGGCGUCAUCUUCUGCAUGUCCUCCGUGCAGUCCGACUUCUCCGACGUGUCGCCCAAGCUGCGCGAGGUGUGCGAGGUGAUGUCGCCGCACCUGCUCUUCAUGCUCACGCAGCCGCUGGCCAACGAUUACAAGAACAUGCAGACCGCCAGUCUGACCCAGACCGCUGGCGGCUCCGUGAUGAGCGAGGGCGGCUCCAUCAGCGGCAUGGUGACGGGCGCGGGCGGCUCCAUCGGCCGCUCCGACAGCCUGGGGGUGAGCCUGUCGGGCGACAGCUUCAUGUACACCCAGUCGCGCUCCUCCACGGGGGCACUGGUGACGGGGCUCACGGAGAAGCUGAACCAGAAGCGCAUCCGCUCGUCCAUGGACUUCCACAAUAACACCACCAUGACGGACCUGCAGAUCAGCGGGCUGCUGGGCGAGGGGGGCUUCGCCAAGGUGUUCCGCGGUCUGUGGCGGGGGCUGGUGGUGGGGGUCAAGGUGGUGUGCGACGACGGCAAGAACGAAAAGAUGGUGAUGAAGAAUGCGCACGAGAUCGCCAUCCUGUCGGCGCUGUCACACCCCAACAUCGUGCAGGCCUACAACUGCCUGACCGACGUGUUGGUCCGCGACCUGCUGAGCACCACCGUGCACCGCUACAACAACCCCUCCAUCCUCAACUCGCCCGCAUACAAGUACCUGCAGUCCAUGGAGGACAAGACGUGCCACCUGGAGGUGAUCGAGUACUGCGACCUGGGCAACCUGUCGAACGCGCUCAAGAACAACAUCUUCAUGAUCCCCAACCCCGUCAUCGCGGCGGCGGCGGGCGCGGGCGACGGAGCGGCGGCGGCGGAGCUGGCGGAACGAGCCCGGCAGCAGCCCAUGAAGGUCAACAUGCGCACGCUGCUGCUGACGCUGAUUGAGAUCGCCUCCGCGUGCGGCUACCUGCACCGCAUGGGGGUGGUGCACUGCGACAUCAAGCCGGCCAACGUGCUGCUCAAGAGCUCCAACAUCGAUUUCCGGGGCUUCACUGCCAAGGUGUCGGACUUUGGGCUCAGCAGGGUUGAGGACGACGACACGUGCGCCUCCUUCCCCUUCAACAGCUGCGGCACCGCCGCCUACGUGGCCCCCGAGGCGCUCAUUUGCAACAAGAAGGUCAACAGCUCGGUAGAUGUGUACGGUUGUGAUGCGCGGCCUGCGCCCCAAGUUCCCCGCCACCGCCCCCGCGGGCUACGUGGUGCUCGCACAGUCCGCCUGGAGCGGCUCCCCGCAGGCGCGACCCACCUUUGAUGAGAUCCUCACGCACCUGAACGCCAUGCUGCAGCAGGUUGACGACCGCGAGAUGGACUCCAUGGUCAACGGCUCCUUCGGUUCCAUGGGCGAGAAGUUCGAGUACAUGCAGCAGCAGCAGCAGGGGGCAGCGGGAGGCGGACAGGGCGGCAUGGGGCCGGGCGGGCUGGACCGGCGCCCCUCGCAGGUGAACCGCCGCGGGCCGGGAAUGAUGGGCGCCCCGCAGAUGCCCUCCCCCAUGGGUCCCGGCAUGGGCGCCAGUCCGCGAACCGCGUCCAGCUCGCAGCCCCAGUCGGCCAUGGCGGCUCAGAUGUCGGGUCAGCAGCAUGGGGGCGGGGGCGGGGGGUCGCAGGUGGGGCAAGGGCCGGUGGGGAUGGCGCCCCAGCAGCAGGCCGCGCAGUCGCCGUUGCCGGGCAGUGCCGGGCAGCGGGUGCAGCAGCUGCAGUCGAGCAGUGCGCAAAUGUACUCGUCUGCGUGAUGGGUUGUGGGGCAAGAGGUGAAGGCAUCGAAAGGUGGUGCAUUGAUGAUGAAUGUUGCUUGCUGAUACUCGCGGGUGUGUUGUUUUGUAAGGGUGCGUGUGUUAAGAAUACUGGCCGCGAGUGGGAACGUACUGUGAUUGCGCGUGUGUGUGUAUGUGUCAGGAACAACUGCGCUGUGUUAUGACCUAUACGGAAACAUCAACUCUCUUACGUUGGGUUCUCACCCUUAAAGCGCGGAGUUCGGAUUCAAUGAGGGAGACGGGUCGCAUGGUAAAAUAAGGGCGCAUUAAGUAGCAUUGCGGGGUUGAAAGCCUGCAGGGCUUUUUGCUUCAAGCUUCUUCUUGUGUAUAUGGUUCAUAUCCUAGACCGGCGCCGCACGGGAAGUAUUCUCCUGCGUGACGGGUUGGUCCUUCGGAGUCUCUUGUAGUAACGGGAGUAGUUAGCGGACUCGGGGGUUGGGCGGAGGUCUCUCCGGGUCCAUGUGGCUCGGGGAGGUGCUGUUGGAGGCCGCACGUGUUUGCUCGAUAGGACUGAUGUGUGGACGGAAGUGCCUCCACCCGUGCCAGCCCCGCAGAAGGAGAGUUGGUGAGAAUGAGUAGGGCCAUAAAAACGCCGUGACAUGAUAUUGCACCCACCGUGACCCGGACUGGGAGAGGCUGCGCAUGUGCGCGGGUGUUUGCUAUACUACCAAGGUGCGGUAGACCUGGUCGUGGUUUGGCCGUCGGGUCGCAUGCGGCGCUUGAUUUCAGUGGUUCUGUUGAUUCUACAAUGCUCAUAAUUUGAGGGGACGGCUUUUGGAUAGGCAUAUCGUUUGGUAAGUGGGGCCGCCUGCUGCGGAAGGGAGUAUAACAAAUGUUUGUUAAGAAAAUGUGAUGGUAAGAGUGCGAGGAAGCGAGAAGGUUAUGCUAAUAUCAAUCAGCGCAGGAUGCGUCGUUCGUUUCCCUCGUUUGCGCUUGAGGAAUGAGGUAUCGCACACAGGACAAAGUGAUUUCUAUUUCCGGCCAGCCUUUUAGUGCCUUUUGGCGGCUGCUCUAGCCGCUGCGUGGCUCCUUUCAAGUACGACAUAAGAGAAUGGUGGAUUACCAUAUGUGCAGUAUCUGCAUAUAGACCCUUCGCUUUGUUAAAAGUAAGCACUGUGUGGGCUUGUGUGACUUGCGCGCGGCUUCAGGUGCUGCCCCGCCGUCGCAUGCGUUUUGCUUUCGGUUGGCGUGUAACGGUUGUGUUUCGGUGUCAAAGGUGUGUUCCGCUGCUGUCGUGCGUGUCGGCUCGGAACCAGGUGACGCACGUGCCAGGACUCUAGCAAAGGUUGCGGUUGUGGUCAGCAUAAUGCCAUACACGUCGGAUUGUACGCUUGGGUUUAGGCAGAAGAAAGGGGACAGAAGGGCGAGUGCUUUGGGCGAGGACUGUGCCAGCGCUCUCGCAGGGUAACGAGAACGCGACGAAGUUAAGUGGCGGACCGUGCCCUCUGGUCAGGGCUCUGUUUCCUCUCGACUGAUUCCACUCACGCCCGUCCUCCAGAGCGAAAUCCGGGGUAGAGCUCUGCAGAAUUCCUGUUCCCUGGGAGGCAGCAGUAGGGUUCCCUGUUUCGUGCGUGAGAGAUGAACUGCCGCUCGCACGGCGGGAAGCUUCAUGUCCUGCAGUGCUUCCCGCCAGAUAUGCUUGUCCGCGUUGGCCGAUGCAGGCCCUCUAGCCUGCAGGCGCGGGGUGUUGUAGGUGCUGCCACCCGCGGCUGGCUCGUGUGUGUUUCCUUCCUCAUGUCCAUGGCUUGCUGAUUACAGCGAUUGUGGAGGUGCUAACUGCGUGGUGAUCGAAGUCUUAUCCAUGUAAGGAAUUUGGCCGCACUGAUCUACCGGGGUGUACGAAGUUCAUCCUCACGUUGCCGUAUCAGACAGGUCAUCGGUACUCUCUUGUUCGCACACUCCGUAC